UGGGAGAGAAGAGAGUAGUGGGAGAAGAGGGAGGGAGAGGGAGAGGGAGAGGGGGGAGAAGGGAGCUCGGAUAUCGUGACCCGAUAUCAUCCGACGAUCUGGUGAUCUUGUUAACGAUGGUGGAGGUGCUGAGCUGGACAGGAGGGAUGAUGGCUCCCCGUUGUAUCAUCACUUGGGCGAUGGUUACGGUUGCUCUGAUUGCUUCGUCCGUGGGUUGCGUCGGUUGUGCAGGCAUCCGCUGCAACGUCGACGGCUUGAAACCGCGCAGUACUUUAUUUGAUAGGAAUUGCAAACCAAUCAUGGGUAAACUUGGCCGAUGGAAAGGAACGAGAGCAACAGGGAGUGGUGUAAUGGCAGCAAGCGCAGUGGAACCUCCUCCCCUCCCCCACCGCACUGAAGGCAGCACAAUGACAGAAUCCAAGAUGGAAAUUCUGAAAGCGAUGGGCGAACAAAUCGAGGGGAGGAAUUUAAACAGAAACAAUGGGACAUCAGAAGGAACCAAUGGGGGAAAAGACGGAACCACUGGGACAGAGAAAGAAAGCGAAAGCAAAGAAGUAACCGCAGCAGGAGAAGGAACAGUUGAGAUUGUCCCCGCCUCGCUUCUUUCCACUGCUUUGAUAUCCAAUACGUCUCUGACGACGGCCGAAUCAAAGCCAGAACAGGUGAAUUUUGAUCAGGAAAAUGAAAAUGAAAGUCAAAUAAUUGGGAACACCGAGCAUGCACGAAGCGCGACGCGUGUACCGACCACUCACGCUGCCGCCAGCGCACAAAUGGGAUUGACCCUCGACCUCGAUCGAGGCAAUUUUGCCCAUCAGCAGGAUGAUGAUGAUGAUAAUGAUGAUGGUCAUGGCGAGUCCAAUUACCAUGAGAUUGGACGGGAAAAUGAGAGAGAGACACGUGUCCUGAAGAAAUCAAGCGGGCAAAACAGCAGGGUACAGACACGUGUACAGGGACAAUCAAUCGGGCGAGAAAAUGAGAGACAGACACAUGUCCAGAUUGAAUCAAGCGGGCACAACAGCGUGGUACAAACACGUGUACAAGGACAAUCAAGCCGGCGACCACGGACGCAGCAGCGGUCCGUGCAAGUUGUUGUAGAGGAUCUAUCCUCCUCUGGUCCUGCUUCCACAGCUGCUAUCGAUACGGCCGCCUGCCAGCUGGCUGUUCGCUACCGCAGCAUUGGUUAUGAUUCUUCGAGAUUCAAUCUCGCCCGUCCAAUCCAGCUGGCAGUCUUCUGGAACCGUACAGAUCACCCUGGCGUAGAUCUUAACGCUCAGAUGCAAUGGAGUCUACCUUCCGAGUGCGUGGUAUGGGCAGAGCCCCCUCGGUUCCAGAAAGAGGCAGAGGUCGUGCAGUUGCAGAACCAACCUCUGCUUGCCCUCAGCGAUGUCACGGCUAUGGCGGCCACCACCACUUCUCCUGCACCAUCCAAUCUGAUGGAUGGAUGGACAGAUCAGACCGGGGAAAUUAUCGGUAGUGGGGCGGAGGCUCUCGGAUCAACGGCGGCGACGACCACAAUCCAAAUGAAGAGGGUAGCGAUUGCGUGCAAUUUGCCAGGAACGUACAAAGUUCAACUCACUCUCACAGACGAGAGGUAUCCCGAAUACCCCGGUCGGAGCAGGCUGAACAUUCAGCCAGGCACUUCGCCCUCGGGCAAUCUCCGCCCUAGAUUCCACCGUAUUAAAAUUGGGAACGAGACACAAGCUCUCGGAUAUGACGGACAGCGCUCACCUCGUUACCUCAAUCUCCAUCGUCGUCGUCGUCCCCGUCGUCGUCGUCAGGGAAAUGAUAUGCAAGCUCUCGGCGGGAAUUUCACGGCCAAUGCCAAUGGUGGUGGGAGAACAGGAAUUGGGCCGAGGGCAUUUCGUUCCCUUUUCGCCCUUGAGGGUUUGGAAAAUGGCAGAGUGAAUUUGGCGGGAAACAGAUGGCAACAGUUUGGCACGAACUCGAUGGGAGAGGAUUGGGAGAAAAAGGGGGGCUGGAACGUGGAGGGAGACUCGGAAAAUAGCGGGAGCUUCGCCGGAAACGACUCGAAAAAUGGCGGGAAGUUAUCGGGAAACCAUUCCCGCCGAAGUAGCGAGGACCUGGGACGGCCAAGCCAUCGUCAUCAUUCCCACCGAAGCAGCGACAACCUGCCCCGAAAUCAUGCUGCUACUAGCGGGAAUCUCCCGGCGGACAACUUGAAAAAUAGCGGGCAACUGCCCGCGGGAAACGACGACACUCCAAAGCCGCCAGAGCGCUCUUUUACCCCAAAUCAUUCCGACAGAAGUCGACCGUUCCACGUGUCAACGCCAGACGUUGCCAUCAAGACGCUGGAGAAGGAGACGAGGGAGGAGGAGGAGGAUGGGGAGGAGGAUAGAAGAUACGUCAACCCGCCGCCCAUCCACGACCGCCAAAGGAUGACAUCAUCAAGAUCAAGCGCCGCGCCGGGGAUGAGGAUGGGCGAAGGAAGACAUAGAAAUCAACAGCUGAAACUCGAGUAUGAUUACUUGGAUGGGUUUAAUGAUUACAACGACGGAAUUGCUGCAGGGGUGGACGACCUCCCAGCUUCAACCUCUCAAGCUAGGACAUGGCAAACAUUGACAGAAAUAGAAAUCACUCUGAGAGCUGACAUGGGUUGCUAUGACUGGUAUCUUGUAGCACUACCCAUCUCUCAAGAGGGAACGGGAGACGGGGAGGUGGCGGUAAACGAGACCGAAGGAGCUGGAACCGCGCGCUGGCCCUACAACAUCACCGCAUCGAAUCAAAAUGCUCCAGCAUAUUCAAACCGCUUGACGGUUAAGAACAGCUACCCCAUGCCUCGUUCCGAUGAGUUGUUCGACCGCCUAGCAGGCAACCGCUUCUUUAUGAAGCUUGACCUUCGUAGCGGUUACCAUCCGAUCCGCGUUGCUGCAGCGGACCAGCUGAAGACAACGUUUCGAUCGCGCUUCGACCACUAUGAGUUUACAGUUCCGGAUAGACAUUUGAAGAUGACAACAAUCAGCAUCCGGGAAGGUAGGGGACCAGAAUUAGAGGCUCCGGUGCACCGAGCGGUUGUUGAGGCUAGUGGUAGUGAAAAGGGGAAGAGACCCAUAUCGGUCCGGGAGAACCUAGGAGGGGAAGGGUAUGACGAAGAGGGGGGUAACGAUGAGGAUACCCAGAUCGUGUCGGCAGGGGAGAAACGAGUUGGGCAAGGGUCUGCCGAGGGGGGGAAGCAAAAGAAGAGAAAAGAGGAGAUGCCACAAGUUGAAGACGACGACGAGGACGAUGUUGUUGGACACACUCGAGAAGAAGCUCUGGACGUCGAGGAGCAGGCAGAAAUUGACCGUCGGCUAGCCUUAGAGAAGGAGGAGGAAAAGAAAAGGAAGAAGGAGGAGGAAGUAAAGAGAAAGCUGCAGGCAGAGAAGCAGCAUAUGGAGAAGGAGAUGAAAGAGAAAGAAAGGAAGUUGAUGGAGGAAUUGAAAGAAGAAGAAGAAGAAGAAGAAGAAGAAGAAGAAGAAGAAGAAGAAGAAGAUGUGGGAGAAAAGAUGGAAAGAAGAAGGACGCAGCCGCAGAAGGAAAAACCUGAGAGCAGCCAAGCAGGGGCUAUUUGUAUGCAACAAUUGGAGGCGAUGGAUUGGAUGGGUCAAUUUGGUUACCAGAUGGAGUUCCCAAAAGAAACGGAGGAAGAGAAAAUUGCGUUUGUCAUAAAGAUGGCCUCAGUAGCAGAUGAGGCAGAAAUAAAUUUAUUGUUGGUUGAGAAGAAAGCAAAAUUUAAUAAUAAGAUGGUGUCGACAAAAAGGCAGGAAUAUAAUAAAAAGAAGAGGAAGAAGGAGGAGGGGAAGAGGUUCCAAGCAGUGUUGAAGGAGCAAAAGAGUAAGCAAGCUGCCACAGACGAAUGAUUAGCCCUCCUAACUGACACUUUCCUCCAUACUAACGAGGAACUCGUGGCCCUCCAUCGAUCCAUCAGCAAACUAGAAUUCCAUCACAGAGAGUUCGAGGGAACCUGGAAUAACUUCCUGCGUAGUGCCUCGGAACAAAUUGAUCACCGCAUA